AUGCAACUCACCAAGGAUAAGAGUGCUGAGCCACAAACACGAGCUUCUGGAAUUUGUCUACAAUUUGGACACCCCACUGAUAUGUGUCCCACACUGCAAGAAGAUGUUGAACAAGCACAAGCACUUGGAGGCUACCAGGAGCAAAAUUCAAGGCAAUAUGAACAAUAUCAAGGCAAUCAGAAUUGGGGACCUCCUAACAUGAGUUAUCAGCAAAGGCCCCCACAGUAUCAGCGACGCUCGCCCUUCCAAGGUAAUCAACAACAACAAAGCUAUCAGUCUAGACAACAACCAUCCGCACAACAACAAGCGGGAAGCUCAGGAAUGUCUUUAGAGGACAUUGUGAAAAGUUUGGCAACCAGCACGCAUACGUUCCAACAGGAGACUAAAGCUAGCAUCAAGAAUUUGGAACAACAAAUGGCUCAACUUGCUAGCUCGGUGAGUAAAUUAGAGUCUCAAGGUAAAUUGCCCGCACAAACCGAGAAUAACCCAAAGCACAACGUGAGUGCCAUUACUUUGAGGAGUGGAAAGAGCUAUGACGGUCCGAGUAUGCAAAAAGAAGAGGAAAUUGUUGUUGAGAAGAAGAACCAGGAUAAGACGAAAUUACAAGAACCGGUUAGAAGUGAAAUGAACUUUACUCCGAUAGCUCCAUUCCCAUCAAGGCUACAAAGCACAAAAAAGGAAAGGGAAGAGCAAGAAAUCAUGGAGACAUUCAGAAAGGUAGAGGUAAAUAUUCCACUUCUUGAUGCCAUUAAACAAGUCCCACGGUAUGCGAAGUUCCUCAAAGAACUUUGUACGUCAAAGAAGAAGCUUAAAGGUAAUGAAACGAUCAAGGUUAGUGAAAAUAUUUCUUCAGUGUUACAAAAGAGACUACCUCCAAAGUGCAAGGAUCCAGGUGUUUUCACCGUUCCUUGUAAAUUGGGGAAUAUCACUGUGCCUAGAGCUAUGUUGGACCUUGGAGCCUCUAUUAACGUCCUACCAUACUCGAUUUUUAAAACACUUAAUGUAGGACUGUUAAAGAGGACCGGGGUAGUCAUUCAAUUGGCCGAUCAAUCCAUAGUACACCCAAAAGGUGUAUUAGAAGAUAUAUUGGUUCAAGUGAAUGAAUUAGUCUUUCCAGCUGAUUUUUAUGUGCUAGACAUGGAGGGUGAUGAAGCCCCAAAUUCAAGUUCUAUAUUAUUAGGGAGGCCAUUUUUAAAAACCGCAAGGACAAAAAUCGAUGUUUAUAGCGGCACCCUUUCUAUGGAAUUUGAUGGGGGAGAUGUAAUUGAACCACUAACUAAUGAAUGUUUUGAGUUGUCUAACCAUGAUGUUCAAGCAUUAGUGUCAAACAAAAACAUUGACGAAGCUGCAUUAAAGGAACUUCCUGAAAAGCUUAAGCUUGGGGAGGAUCUAAUGGAUGUCACGAUCCUCAUGGACCCGCAGAAGAAAGCAAAGGAAAGAGCAUCAAAAAUGAAAUCACCAAGUAUUGUCCAAAAGCUUCUUCCAUGUAUUGAGCAAGCACCAGAUUAA